AUGCGCGUUAAUUUUCGAUUAAAAACACGUUUCAAGUAUUCAAAUCUCACGGAUGCCUAUGCUGUUGACUUUUCAGGUAAAGCCCUUUGGCCUCAUCGCGAGGAGCAGUGGCAGGCGGACGGACGUGGGGCAGCAUCAGCGUUCUCCUCAUGCCUCAAGCCACUGGCGGCAGCAGACAACACCUGUGGCCCUCCUUUCGCUCUUCUUCUAUUCAUGCAUGCGUUCCCUUCCAUGAUAGUGACUCCCUCCCACUCACUGCCUCUCCCUCCCCUCCCAUCCCCAUCCCUCCAUUCCCCUCCCCUCCCUUCCCAUUCCCCCCCUUCCAACACCCCCUCGCAGGAGCUCAAGAGCAGCGCUGCUGGUCGCCUGAGACGCCAUGCCAUGCCUGCUGCCCACGCUGCUUCAACUGCCUCCUGCUCUCACCUUGUGGCCGUGCCUCCACCAGUGGCUCCUCCCUCUUCUCUUGCGCUGUGUGCUCAUUCACCCAUUCACCUUGCUCCCACCACCGUGCUCUCACUAGCUCUGUGGACGCGCAUGGGAAGGCGGGGAGGAGGGCUGCCAUUGAGAGAGGCAGCUGAAGGUGCUGCAGCUGCCUUGAUCUCGCCCUCACACGUCAGUGGAGGGGGAGGGGCGCUGGGGUCAACACCAACACUUCCCUAUGCCUCUCCCCGGUGGCCGUGCAGGGACUCGUGGGGACGGGAGGGAGGCAUCGCUGCAGCAGAUGGCAAUCGCUGCCACAAGGGAGAGUAUCGGGGUGGGCUCGGCCUCUCAAGGUCACUCGCUAGUCACCAGGGGAAGCAGCAGCAGCAGCAGCAGCAGCAGAGGCCAGGGUGGCCCCUUCCCUCCACUUCCCUGCGUUUGAAGUGGAGGGGAGGGGCACUGGGGUCGAAACCGACGCUCCCCCACGCCCCUCCCGUGUGGCUGUGCAGGGAUCCGUGGGGAUGGGAGGACAGCAGCACUGCAGCAGAUGGCAAUCGCUGCCACAAGGGAGAGAAUCGGGGUGGGCUCGGCCUCUCAAGGUGGGGUGUGGUGGGUGGAAUCUGCGUGGCGGCGGCACUCGGUGCUCAAGUAACCGAUCUGGCGUUCAAAGCUUAA